GCUUAAACUGUCAAAGUCACCAAACAAAUUCAAAACGCAAUAGUCAAUACAGUAUCAAUAGAAAUGUGAACAAAAAUAGACACAAAAUGAGUGCAAUACUAAAAUUCAUCCGUGAAAAUCAUAUACUCGCAGUCAUAGAACAGGCUAUCGCCAAGAAGAAGUCCCGUUUGAGCCUAAACGCUUUUGAAAUCACUGAAAUACCGACCCUCUUGUACUCAUGCUUGGAGCUCGAACAUCUUUAUUUACACCUUAACAACAUAAGAACAGUACCUGUACAGAUAACUGAACUGUUGAACCUUACAACAUUGACUUUGGACUACAAUAACAUAACUUCAUUGCCAUCCGAGAUCGGCAACUUGAAGAAUCUCGUGAAUUUGAAUAUAAGUUAUAACCCGUUGAAAGUGCUAAUACCAGAAAUUGGUGAAUUGGAGAACCUUGAAGCAUUCUGGUGCAACAGAAUCGGUUUGCGGGAGAUACCGAAGGAGAUCGGCAAGUUAUCGAAGUUGGACACAUUUGGUGCUAGAGGCAAUGAGUUGAAGACAAUACCCGAGGAGAUGACAAGGUUAACGAAGUUAAGAUGGCUGACACUGGAGAAGAAUCAAAUAGAAACACUACCAAACAGUUUGGACAACUUGGAGGCUAUAGUGCACUGCAAUUUGCGAAAGAACCGCCUGAAAGAGUUCCCGGCCUCAUUUCUAAAAUGUCCAGAUAUGAUGUUCCUACAGCUGAAUAAUAAUCAGAUAUCAAGCCUCCCGGAGAAUUUUGACACAAGUGCUAUGACUGUGUUGGAAAUGAUCGAUCUUCGGGAUAAUCCAAUCUGUGAACUGAAUCAUCCAGAGCACCCGCUGAUCCGGUACGUGGACGAGCCGGCGCCGACGGACGCGUCGCCGUCGAGCAGCCGGCAGCACGUGGGCCCGCUGGCGGCGCAGGCGCUCGCCGUGAACGCGACCGCGCUGCGCCUGCCCGCCGUGCCCGCGCCGCGACACCCGGACCUCAUACUGGAAAUGGAAAUGGACGCGUCAUCUGUGGAAUCAUCCGAGGAUUGGGAGAACAGCGUGAACAGUUCUGAACUAGACGUUCAGUAUCAGAGCGACGAAGAGAGAGGUGACAAUGAGAUUGCACAAUUUUUCCAGGCCGUUGGAAUGGUGUUGCCAGAGCUAUCGCGCUACGCGUCAACUGCCAGUUAAAUUCACAGCUGUCACUUUGGACAGCCAUUUGGCGGGAAAAGACGUAAUAUUAAGCAAAAGUGCGAAAAAAUUGUCAUUUAAAAUGUUAUCCGAAUUAUGUAUGAAUGGAUUUUUAAUAAAUUAUCAUUGUUUUUAUGUGUAGCAUGAACUGUAUACUUAAUGUGAUAUAAAGAAAAAAAAAUUCCAUAGUAAUUGUAAAUCGAUGUUUCACUUGAUAACUAUUGCAAGAUAUGUGUAAUUAAACUAGUACAUGGUAGUGGUACCCUUUAGAAAGUUUCUAUUCUAUUGUAUUGAACCUUUCUACGUAAUCUGUUAUCGGGAUAUCGGAAAAAAAAUUAAAAUUGUAUUAAAAACCUUUCGAAUUCUAUAAUAUUUAUAUAUGUAUUAUACCGUCCCAAAGUUUUGGAAAUUGCAACAAUUUACCAGAUAUAAUCAAUGUUUUCCCAUUUUUAGGUUAUAUUUUGAAAUUUACGAGUAUUGCUUAAGUGGUCAUAUCUGAUAUUCUUAUCAAACUAUUAUUGUAUACCUAUCUUUAAUACUAUAAUUGUUAUGUUUUGUAAAAUGUGAAAAAAAAAAGAAUAUAACAUUACGUAGUCAUAUCAUUGGCUAUAAUAUGUCUAUGAAUUUGACUUCUACAAUUAUUAACAAUAUAAUCUAUAAUUGAUGUAAGUAAUACUUAUUAAUUAAAAAAAUAUAAAAGCACAAUAGCAGUUUAUUAUCUGUGUGUAGAUAAUUUGUAGGGACUUUACUUUCUCUACUAAUCUAAAAUCUUAAAUGUAUUAUAAAUUAUAUAAUUAAACUUGUUUAUAAUUUUUGUACAUAUCAAAUAUUUUAUUUUUAUUAAUAAUAAUAAUGGUUGUAACAUUUCACGAUACUUUGAGAAAAUGUGAAUUUAAUAAUUAGAAAGGCAAUGAAUAGUAGAUUGUUUUCAAGAGAUUGUAAAUUCUGCUGUCAACUAUUAAUAUAGAUUUAAUUUAUAAAUUUCAUUUCUUUUCCCUAAUACUACUAUUAUAAAUGCGAAAGUUUGUGAGUGAUGUUUCAAUUUUUUACUCUAUCACGCGAAAAUCACUCAACGGAUUUUAAUGAUACUUGGCACGGAUGUAGCUUAUGUAUCGUAAUAACGCAUGCUUUUGCAUGCCGGUGCAACCGCGCGGCAAAAUAGUAUUGAUAAAAGGAGGUUUAUGGAGCUGGCCUUUAAGUAUAUUUCUUGCUGUUCGACUUCGACCGUGAAAUUGCAGCGAUCUAAUGUUUGCCUAUAGUUUUUGAAAUCGGUUCUUUGUGUGAAAACAUUACAACACAUACAUACAAAAACCCAAAUGUUACCUCUAUUAUAUUCGUUUAGAAACAUUCAUUCAUAUGUUCAGAAAAAAAAUAUAAAAAUGGAAUGAGGAAACAAUAUAUUUAUUGAUUAAAAUUUUCUGUAAUCUAUUGUAUCAAUAUAAUUGUAAUAUAAUGAUAUAAAUUUUUAAGACGAGGUCGAAGUUUAACGAAGCUAAAAUAUUAUAUUUUUUUAUUGACAGCAGAUUUACAAGCGGGUUUGCGUUAUGACAACUAUGUCAUAUGAAAUUGGAUCCUUUUUGAAAGGCGUCAUUGUUAUUUUUAUUGUUACUGUAUAUUGAACGAAAUGUGAACAUUUUAAAUGCAUGAAUUAAUUUAAAUUUGAAUAUCACAAACAUUUAAGACUUGUGAUAGUAAAAUACGUAAUUUUCUAGAAAUGCCGAAAUUAGCAACCGUUUUUGUAAAUAACGUCAAAUGAUUUGAUGUGUUAUUUUUUAAGAAAUUUACUACAUUAUUAUUUGUCAGCAAAUGGUGGGUUGAUUGAUAAUCUUGUAACUUUAUUUUUUAUCUUGGGAGAAUUAUAUGAAAUUAUGUACCUACCUUUAAUUUGUGACGCAAUGCUGUGUUUUCACGAGAAAGUUAACGGUAACAUAACAGCACUGAAUGUAGAACCUUCUUUUUCGAAAGUCGGUUAAAAUAUGGUACCAAUGGGUUUGCUGUAAUUCUUAGCUAGUGAAGACAUGGUCCUAAUACAUUGAUGUGUAUUUAUUCAAAUAUUCUGAUAAUUAGCAAAUUAAACUAAAAGUGCGUUUGCAUGUGUGAUACGGUAAAAGUUUUAGUAUUAUAAGCCCAACUAUAAUCGGUUGUCUCUUAUUGCUCAUGAAUUUUAGUUGUGGGAAUGUAUUCGGAAAUAAAUAAAUGGUUUUCCGGAA